AUGGAGCACCAGGCGCCUAAUCCGCCUGCUCAACCUCAACCUCAACCUCAAACACAACCUCACAACACGCUUCCGCCCGCACACCCGCAAAACCCCUCGCUCACUGCCAGCAGCACUCCCGUCUCGUCCCCGGGGCUCUUCAGUCCGUCGAACCCCCGCACCACCAUGUCUCUGCCACCCUCACAGUCCGUGUCCGAGGGUACAACGCCUGCUGCACUCAACAGUCCCUUUCUUCAUCCCCUACAGAACCACAGAGUUAGAGAGACACAUGUCGCCAAUAUCGAUAGAGACUUCACCACCGGGCGCAAGAUCAUCAACCAUUACGAGGUCAUCGAGGAGAUCGGCCGCGGUGUACAUGGCAAGGUGAAAUUGGCCCGCGACCUCGAUAUCGGCCAGAAUGUCGCCAUCAAAAUUGUCCCCCGCUUCUCCAGAAAACGCCGGCUCGGCAGGAUUACCCAGAACGUGUCUCCCUUCGAGAAGUCCAAGAGGGAAAUCGCCAUUCUCAAGAAAAUCAGACAUCCGAAUGUGGUGGCCUUGCUGGAAGUCAUCGACGACCCUGACUACAGGAAAAUUUACCUCUGUCUCGAGCAUGUUGAAUGUGGGGAGGUCAUCUGGAGGAAGAAGGGCCUUCCGAACAUAUGUGCUUUCGAGCGCCGGCGUAUCGAAAGGGAGAUGAGGGGCGAGGCUCUGACAGAAGAGGAAGAGCAGCAUCUUCUCGAUUUGGAACGGAGAUUCAAUGUCAAGGAGAUGAAACGCGCCCAUCUUGCAGAGAAGACCGGUACACACGGCGACCCCUGGAGCUUGGAAUUAGGUCAAGAUGAGUCCGACCUCAGAUCUGGGCCCUCCGAGGCGGAUCUCACGCAGCACGCAUCUGCUUCCCCCAGAGGUCGCACUCACCAGCUUCACGAAGGGCCACCGACCUCGAACGAAGAUGACAUGGAGACGCCAGGACCCCUUCACUCGAACCCUGGCUCGUCUAGCGCGCUUGCCGGGACCAUGUACGGGGCUUAUGACGAUUUAGGAUUCAGAGAGCGAUCUCCCAGCAUGGCUGAUUCCAUCAUAUCACACAUGUCUUCGAUCGACUUCAACCCGCAGCCUCAUGAUCCCUUCGCCGAUUUCUCAUAUGUUCCUUGCUUCACUAUUGACGAGGCGCGAAAUGCGUUUCGGGAUGUCGUCCUCGGUCUUGAGUACUUGCAUUAUCAGGGGAUUGUCCACCGUGACAUUAAGCCGGCCAAUCUGCUCUGGACUCGGGAUCAUCGCGUCAAGAUCUCGGAUUUCGGUGUGUCUUAUUUUGGCAGGCCGAUGCGAGAUGGCGAACCUGACGAUACCGUCUCCGAAUCAGAAGCGCAAGACUUUGAUGACGAGUACGAACUGUCCAAGACUGUCGGAACUCCUGCUUUCUUCGCUCCUGAAUUGUGCUACACAGACCUCGACAACACACCUCCGCCCAAGGUCACUGAACAAAUCGACAUUUGGUCCCUUGGUGUAACGCUUUACUGUAUGAUAUUUGCUCGAAUUCCCUUCCUGGCAGAGGAUGAGUUCCAAAUGUUCCGGAAAAUCGCAACCGAGAAGGUGUACAUCCCCACCAGGCGGCUGAGACCUGUGGAUCCAUCCACGUCCCCGGACACGUCUUCGCUCUACAAGCGCGUCAACAGUGCUCCGUACCGUGACGACCACCAGCUCCUUUAUGAGGAUGUCGAUGACAGCCUUCAACAUCUCUUGGGACAGAUGCUCAUCAAGGACCCAAGGCAGCGGAUAACACUUAGGGGAGUGAAGUACCACCCCUGGGUCCUUUCCAACCUACCCAACAUUAUGGGCUGGAUCGACGACACGGAUCCACAGAGGCAGACUCAAGGCAACAAGAUCAAGGUCAACGAGAAGGAGGUGGAUGACGCCGUUGUGCCUCUUACACUUCUAGAGCGGGCGAGGUCUACGCUGAAAAAGACACUCACCAAAUUGACAAGCCGAUCGGUGGAACGCGCCGAGGGUGCUUCUCGGCGGAGAGCCACUAGCAGUGCUGCCAGUUCAGCUGGCGAUAGCCCUGCACACACGCCGAUCAUAAACCAUAUCCGCGACUCACGCAGGAAGAGCUUACGUGGGGACGGUGACUACUUUGCGACCGUGAGAGAACAUUCACACACACAUAGCGAGCAUCCCUUGACCUACAGCGUGACGGCUAGUCCGGAAGAAGAACCACAGUUGGAGACGGAACCAACCUCGCAACAGCCGGGAGCGGUAGGCGGCCACCCAUCACACCAACUUCCUGAGAUUGCCACGAAUUUUAAUGGCAAAGAAGACAUCACAGACCACCAGACCCCGACCUCGGCUCAAAUGGAAUUCCCGCGCCACAGGCACUCGCGGUCGAUCUCGAAUGCUGUGAUAAGUUUGCACAACGACCUUGCUGAGAUUCGCACGGCACCAACUACCCCUGCUGCUGAUGACCACUCUGACACCUUGAGCGGCCUGCGCAGAAAGGGGAGAGACACAAAGCCUUCCGACGACUCGACAAGGUCUCAAUCGGUCGACAGAGCCCUGGUGUUUUCCAGCCCCGACAAGAGAGCUGAAGCACGGGUUGGUGUGAGCUCUCUCGUUGCACCGGGAAGUCUCGAGCAGCCCAAGAAGCUUUCACAAAUGCGGUCAUUAGACCUCGGCCGGGCUUUUGGAGAAAGCCCGCUGCCCUCGCCUCAAUUCUUCUCACCAAACACGAUUUCCUCGUAUCAGUAUGGCCAACACAGGUCGGAUCCAAUGCUUGACAAGUUUCGAACUGUCGUCAAGAUUGAAGAGAGGCCGAUGACGGCCCACCGCGUCCAGGACAUACCCGAGGGCAAGAUACCACCCCCCAGGCUCUACGGUUCGUCGACUCCCGAGUCAUUUGCUCGAGCACAGGAGACCCUGCGCCGACGUGAAAGGCUUGCGCACGAGGAGGAGGCACGGCGACAAGAGGCAUUGCAACCCGCUGCCGAGCUUGAUGCGGCCCGUGUUCCCUGUCCUCCCUCGCCGGAUGAUGACGACUCUGCUAGCAACGGGGCACCCUCCCGGGGGGAGACGUUUAGUACGACGUUUUCAUCCAAAUCCAACUCCCGCGAAGCUAUUGCCACUCCGUGGACAAGCCCUAGCGUGGUAACCAGUCCAGUGAGCUAUACUACGUCUGCGUCGCAGAAAGAUCUAAGGGAGGCAGACGCGGAGCAAAUUCUUGCAUUCCAGUCUGACCCAUCUCUACCGGCACUGCUCAGCGGGGCCUCAUCGGUGUCUGCCGACCCGGAAGGGGACUUCUUGGGCAACCCAGGCGACCCGAAGACUGUCAGCCGGCGCGCUGUCCUCGAAACAACCGACUCGGUAACACCACCAGCGUUAGCAAAGGAACCUGUCACAGGAUUUCCUCUAGAGGCGACAGAGCUCGAUGAGCGCACCGAGACUGUCUUUGUUGAUGACCAUGAGCCCGGAUCUGUGGGGAAUUCCACGCCAACCCCACCCGCACGUCUUGACGACGAUGACAGCGACAGUGAUGAUGGGAUUCUCAUGAUGGGUCACCGAUCUAAGAAGUCAACCGCUACCAAAGGCUCUCCCAAUUCCAUGGGCAAAAUCGUCUUCGGGUCCAAGAGGCGCAACACUAAUGCGUCCGUGGGCAGCACCGACACAGCCAAGAAGGUGUUUGCUCCUGGGGAGUGA